CGUUUCUUCUCAGGGGCACCCGAGCUGCACCUUCCCCACAAAAGAUGCCCCGUUAUGAGCUGGCGUUAAUCCUAAAAGUCAUGCAGAGGGGUUGGUACAGUAGGCCUCACUAACUUAGCUGCAUCUAAGAAUUUCUGCUACAUCAACAAAGUUAAUGGUGAUGCUCUUGUGGAUUGGCGAAUUAAAGUGCGUGCUAAGUAUUUAAGAAGCGGAAAAAACAAAUUUUGUCUUCUCAAAGUUGUACUGCAACCACUACUAUCAAGACAGCAAACCAAUGGACAAAGAAUUUGAUCCACAGUGUUUGUAAAACUAAACUGAUUUGUCUUACUAAAGCUUGGGGUCUUUGAUCUUGGACUUCAACAUUUGGAAUUUACUUUGUUUACAAAAAUGAGGGCAGCUUUGGAACCAGCAGACAUUGCCGUUGUGGCAGUGUAUUUUGUGCUUGUGAUGUGCAUAGGCUUUUUUGCCAUGUGGAAAUCCAAUCGAAGCACUGUAAGUGGUUACUUCCUGGCAGGGCGAUCUUUGACGUGGGUAGCAAUUGGUGCUUCCUUGUUUGUGAGCAACAUCGGGAGCGAACAUUUCAUUGGUCUUGCAGGAUCUGGAGCAGCAAGUGGAUUUGCCGUUGGGGCAUGGGAGUUCAAUGCCUUAAUGCUUUUACAGCUCUUGGGAUGGAUCUUUGUUCCAGUCUACAUACGAUCAGGAAUAUACACCAUGCCUGGAUACUUAUCCAAACGCUUUGGAGGGCACAGAAUUCAAGUGUACUUUGCAGUGUUGUCUCUGGUUCUGUAUAUCUUCACCAAACUUUCAGUAGACUUAUAUUCAGGUGCAUUGUUUAUUCAAGAAUCACUGGGUUGGAAUAUUUAUUUGUCAGUUAUACUGUUGAUUGGAAUGACUGCAUUACUGACAGUGACUGGGGGUCUCGUGGCAGUCAUCUACACAGACACGGUUCAAGCUCUUCUCAUGGUUGUUGGUGCCUUCACACUUAUGAUCAUAAGUAUAUCAGAAGUUGGUGGGUUUGAAGAGUUGAAGAGAAGAUACAUGUUGGCAAAACCAAAUAUUACAUCAAUCUUGUUGACAUACAACCUUUCCAAUACUAAUUCCUGCCAUGUUGACCCAAAGCCUGAUUCACUGAGAAUGUUGCGUGAACCAACUGAUGAAGAUAUUCCAUGGCCUGGUUUCCUUUUGGGGCAGACUCCAGCUUCUGUAUGGUACUGGUGUGCAGACCAAGUCAUUGUUCAGAGAGUUUUAGCAGCAAAAAACAUUGCUCAUGCCAAAGGAUCCACUCUGAUGGCAGGUUUUCUAAAGCUUUUGCCCAUGUUCCUUAUAGUUGUUCCAGGGAUGAUUUCACGAAUACUAUUUCCAGAAGAUAUUGCAUGUAUCAAUCCAGAACACUGUAUGCAAGUAUGUGGGAGCAGAGCUGGAUGCUCUAACAUUGCCUACCCACGUCUGGUAAUGAAGCUUGUUCCUGUUGGCCUCCGAGGCCUUAUGAUGGCUGUAAUGAUUGCUGCAUUAAUGAGUGAUCUUGAUUCUAUAUUUAAUAGUGCCAGUACUAUAUUUACACUUGAUAUCUACAAGCUCCUCAUACGGAAAAAUGCAUCAUCCAGAGAACUAAUGAUUGUUGGAAGAGUUUUUGUUGCUUUUAUGGUGGUAAUAAGCAUUGCCUGGGUGCCAAUAAUAGUGGAGAUGCAAGGAGGCCAAAUGUAUCUAUAUAUACAAGAGGUAGCAGACUACUUGACUCCACCUGUGGCUGCUAUAUUUCUCUUGGGUGUGUUUUGGAAGCGUUGCAAUGAGCAAGGGGCCUUUUUUGGUGGAAUUGUUGGAUUUGUUUUGGGAGCUGUACGACUGAUACUGGCAUUUAUCUAUCGUGUCCCUGAAUGUAACCAACCAGACACAAGGCCGUUCUUUAUUAAAAGUAUCCAUUACAUGUAUGUUGCAACUGCACUGUUCUGGAUCACUGGAAUUGUGGCUAUAACAGUAAGUUUGCUUACACCGCCACCUUCAAAGGAACAGAUUCGCAUGACAACAUUCUGGUCUAGGAAAAAGAGGACACUGAAAGAAAACACUUCAGUGGGCAGUUCAUUCAAAGCACAAGAGAAGACCAUCUUAAAAUAUAGUGAAACUCCCAAUCUUAUCUCUUCAAAUGGGAAGUCUGAAGAAAAUGAUAAAAAUGAUCAGCCGGAAAAUGUUAAUCUUCUCCUUACUUGCACAGAUGACAGCAAUCCAGUGAUUUCUCUGAGUAACUCAGAAGUUGAGACACCAGUUGAUUGUUACUCUAAUGGUCAGGCAGCUCUUAUGGGUCAAAAGAAGACUAAGGAGGAAGAUGAGGAGGAGACAGAGGGUAGUAAGAAAAACUGGAGAUUCAUAGAUUGGUUCUGUGGCUUUAAAAGUAGAAGUAUGAAUGAUAGAGUCAUCCCAGAGAAGGAGGAAGAUGAGACUAUUUGUCUACAAAUGCUGGAAGAAACCCCAAAAGUUAAAUUACUACUAAAUUGUGUAUUAUUCUGUGUGUGUUCACUUGGAAUAUUCAUGUUUGUUUAUUUCUCUUUGUGAACAAAUGAUUACUUUUAAGAGUAUGGUCAAACUGAAGUAGAGACAAGGUUCUUUGGAAAAUAUUUAUAUAAAAAUUAUGUAUGUGUUUGUGUCUUAACAUCUCAGGCAUUCUUUACACUAUUAUCAGCCAAACUAUUUUUCAACCAAUCUGAAAAUCAUUUUUAAAAUACAUCAGAACAUUUGUGCUUUAAUGCAGAAUGUCUGGGGAACUGCAGUAUGGAAAGCUGAGUUUUGGAUACCAAAAGGAGACAUUAAUGUGUUAAAGGUGAAAUCCUUCAGCAUUCUGUCAAAAAUAAAAAUAGGGUUAAGAUUAGAAUAUUAACACUUCCAAUCUGGUUAAGUUGUAUAUUAUAAAGAAUGCAGUAGAAGAUUUCUGAAUGUGAGUAGAUACUAUAUUCUGAAUGAUGUGAAUAAAGCAGCUUUUUCUGGGAUUUUUCCUACCCCUCAGAUUUACAGAUCUAGCUAUGUGUUCACUCCCCAGCCCCAUAAAUUUUAUCUGAUCCCUGGUAUUUCAGGUGGUUGGAAUCCCACACUGUACAAUUCUACAGCUGCCCUUUUUCUUUUUUUAGAUAAAGCCAAAUAUUUUAAAACAGUCUGUGCUCUUGCUGUCUAUUUUAAAAAAACUAUUAAAAGUAGUGAAUAGAUACCUGUGCAAAGCUGUGCAGAAAGAACGGUCCAGACCAGACAAGCUGACAUCCUCUAGAUAUACUGAUUUCCAACAUCUUACCAACAUUCCUCGUAGGAUGAUGGGCAUUGUAGUCCAAUACAUUUAGAUAGUGUCAGUUUAGCAAAGGCAGCUCCAGAAAGUCAGUAGAAUAUUAAUCUGUCUGGUAUAUUUAUAAAUGUAUGUUAUUUUGCUUGUAUAUCUAUUUUUUAUCAUACAUUUUUUCCAUUAAAAUCUUUAGGAUUACUACAGUAUUUUCCACAGUGUAUGUUGGCAAAGGAAAGAAUCUAGCGUUCUUCCCCCUGCCCCAGCCUUUGUACAGUCUAUAUACAGUGUAAUGUUCUGUUUAAAUCUGUUCUGGUGUCUGAUGAUGAAUUAGAAAAAAAAACUGAUACAGACAGGUGCCCUUUUCUCUUAACAUUCCUUUAUUUGGGUUUCAUUUUUUUGGUGGGAGGCGGUUAGGAGCAGAAAAAGGUUAUGUAAUGUCCUCGUUUUCCCUUUUCAAAGGAAAUCUUAAUGUUUCAAGGCAUAUUUACUCUUUCCUCUUGAGGUUAUAGACUAAAGACAUGUAAUGUAAGUAAGAUUGGUAACCAAAGCAGAAAAUAUUUAAAUGGGACAACCCCAGUGUAGCUAUGAAUAUGAAUUUCAGCAACUGCAUUGCUUAACUUCAGUGCAAACGGAAGCAUUUUGGCCACUGUUUUUCCUCAGGAUUGGAUUUUUAAAUGAAUGCCACAGGAAGGACUUGUCUCAGCCUGGCAGCUGUUGUGGCUGUGGUUGUGGCAGCAAGGAGCACUGUUUUUCUGUCCCCUCAAUCCUCAACGUUUUGAAUGCUUAUGCGGCACAAUGGAGGACAGUAGCUGCACCUCCGUGCUGGAGAAUUGGCAACAGGCAGGGCUCAUGGAAAUAGUUCCUGGAAGUCAUGAGUGACUGUAGAACCUCUUCAGAAAGCUCUCCUGUAGCAAUA